UUAGCUAGACAGAGUAUAAAAAGACUGGCUGUGCAGUGCUUCAUACACCACCCAAAGGAAAAAUGGCUGACCAAAACGUCCGCAAUGCUGGUUUUGGCUCCUCCGGUAUCAAAGGAGGUUCACUUGCUUCACACUUGAUGUCUGAGGAAGCAAAAUCUAGUGGGGGAGGCGUGCGUUCUGGAGGGCCUACUGCUACUCUCCAAGAGAUGGGUGCCAGAGGCUCGACACAUUCCUCAGGUUUUACCAGCAGCGGGAUCUUCAGUGGAUCCAGGGCCUCUGACAUGAUGUCCCAGGAGGCCAAAUCUCAUGGAGGUGGAGUCCCCAGGGGCGGCACAACUUCCACUGUCCAGUCCAUCUCAAUGGGUGGCAAAGGAGGAAGGCACUGAACGGAAAGAAGCAUCAGUCUAGAAGUAAGCUCUGCAAGCAGUUCAUCCUAUGCUGACAGAAUCAUUUGACAUCUUCCCUUCUUUGCUCUGCCUGGUGCUAACAUAAAAGGCAAAGCCUUUUUCACAUGCACAAAUAAAGGUUUUGUUAAAAUCA